AUGCGUCUUCUUCUCACUUUAUCCCUCAUAUUUAGCGCUUUUACGGUUGGAGUCCUCGCACGUUAUUGUGUGCACAAUCAAAAGGUUCGGAUAAUCGAAAAUCCAUAAGCGACACCAUCAGAGAUUCUGCGGAAGUGCGCUAAAAUAACGAACAAAUCAAAUUUCUUCUAGAGCUGGUGUCAAGGCCACAACAUCUGGGGCUGGUGCUUCCACAACAAGUCGUCCGGCGUGUUCGAUUGCGACGACGACGGCUUCUGCGUCUCGCAGGAGCAGCUGAAGAACAAGAAGUCGUCGGGAUGCUUCGUGCGCGGCAACUCUUCCGUCUGCUGCUGCAACGACGCCGACGGCUGUAACCUCGGCUUCAUCGGAAUCCAGCCGAGGUACGCGUACGGUCAGCCGUGCGCCAACUCGAUGGAAGUGCCGAAUGAGGACAUCCGACUGUUCCGCGCGUGCGACGAUCCGUUCUGCUACUCGCUGCUGACGGCCGAAGAGGACGGCGGACCGACGACCGCCGUCCGCGGCUGCUAUUCGCGGAAGAUGGUGAUGCAUCACAUGGCGAAGCACGAGCACGACAAGUUCCAGAAUAACACGAAAUGGCAGGAGACGACGCAGAUCGCCGAGAUGCCCGCAUGUGCGGAGAUUCUGAAGGAUCAGCCGAAGGUCAACGGAACCGCCAGUCUUUGCGUCGAUUUCGCGUUCGAACAGGUAAUUCCUAUGAGAUAUUGGGCUACUUUUCUAGUACAGUUAAAGCAGACUUGCAACGGGCCGGGCCGGGCCAAAAUUGGAAAUUUUCCGGCCCGGGAGGAUGCACCUAAAAAUUCAAAGCGAACUAGUUUUGCUUCAAUUUCGAAGAUUCAUUGUAAAAACCAGCAGAAAUAGAAAAAAAGACGAAAAAGGCAAUGUUAUAGCAUAAAAACCUGCUAAAAAAUAGAAAUUGCUGUUUAAAGUCGCAAAAUUUUCACAAAAAUUACGAAAAUUUUCUCAAGAGUGGGCGGAGCGAUUGAUUGCAACUCUGGCACGCCAUUUUAGCAAUUUUGCCGCACGCGUUUUCCUCUUCCUUCAUAUUUUUUUUGAGGUCUAACUUCCGGCCCGAGCGGGCCGGGCCGGGCCAAAACCGGGCCGGGCCGGCCCGGGAUUUGGCAAGUCUGAGUUAAAGUACGUUGAAGAGCUGCUGUUUGAAGUUUUAGAAGCCACAAUUGAACUAUUGUAGGAAGAGCAAGACGGCGAGGAGCCGGUGAAGAUGAAAGCACGCUUGUGUUGUUGUGAAGGAACCGCAAAGUGCAACGAACAGGCGAUGUGGGCCGAUGAGGGAAUCUCGUUGGCCGAGAUGCUCGCGGAUAUUGAGAAAAGGAAAGCGCCCGUGAAAAGUGGCUAUAAAAUUUGUGUUCUCGCACUAGUUUUUCCAUUGAUUUUCACUGAAAUGUUGUAG